AGGUUACAACUCGUUUUACCCAAGAUACGUACGAAAGUCGGGUAAAACAUCUCGCCGCUAGACCAGUACGACCGGAUAGUUGUUCUCAUAAACACUGACUCAUGAGUUAUUGCACACUUUGAUAUUCUAUCAAUAUCGAAAUCGAGUUGUAAUUGACAAAAAUCAAAAUGUUAGAAACCAUCACCUCAAUCGAACUACAAGAAAGACCCAACAGCCACGAAACCAUACCAGCAGAAGAACCAAUCCACCAUGAAAACACUUCAUACCCCACAGGCAUCAAAUUCAUCCUCCUCACCCUCUCCAUCAUCUUCACCAUCUUCCUCUCCGCCCUAGACUCCACAAUCAUCUCAACCGCCAUCCCCAGCAUAACCGCCGAAUUCGGCAAUCUAAACGACAUAGUCUGGUACUCCAGCGCCUACUCACUCACAAACUUCGCCUUCCUCUCCUCAUGGGGAAAAGCAUAUAAAUACUUCCCCCUCAAAACCAGCUUCUUGCUUGCCGGCGUCGUAUUUGAGAUUGGGAAUGUUAUCUGUGCUACCGCGGCUAGUUCAACGGCCGUCAUUGUCGGGAGAGCAAUUAGUGGUAUGGGUGGUGCGGGGAUUAUGAGUGGUGCGUUUAUUAUUAUUGCUGUUACGGCGAAACCGGAGUAUAGAGCGGCGUAUAUGGGGAUUGUGGGUGUGACGUUUGGAUGUUCGGGGGUUGUAGGGCCGUUGUUGGGGGGUGUGUUGACGGAUCGUGCUUCGUGGAGGUGGUGUUUUUGGAUAAGUCUUCCUAUCUGGGCAACAGGUGCGAUAGGGAUAUUUUUCAGCCUGCGAACGUCCAGCGGCCAGGCUGAACAUGCAGUCAGUACGGCGAGCAUUCGUGAGAAACUCUUCCAAAUGGACUUCAGCGGCAGUUUAUUAGCAAGCGGUUCCAUGAUCUGCUUCAUUACAGCCAUGCAUUGGGGCGGCGUGAUCAAGCCCUGGUCCAGCGCCCCCGUCAUCGGCUGUCUCGUCUCCUGCGUAGUAUUAGCAGGAUUAUUCGUCGUGAAUGAACGCCUAAUGGGUGACCGCGCCAUGGUGCAAGGCCGCUUACUGCGCAACUCCACCUUUACAGCAAACCUCAUCUACGUCUUUUUCCUCGCAGGACUCUAUUUCCCGCUUCUAUAUUCCCUACCAAUCCAGUUCCAGUCCAUCGACGACGUCUCUGCAUCACAAAGUGGUGUUCGACUCAUCCCGCUGGUUUUGGGUAUUUCGAUCUUCACCAUGAUUUCAAACGGGUUGGUAUCGAUGUAUCGUAAACAUUUACCGUUGACCGUGUUGGGUGCCGUUGUGGGUACGAUUGGUGUGGCGUUGAUAUACAGUAUUGACGAGACUGCGUCGACCAAACGAUGGAUUGGGUAUGAGAUUGUGACGGCCAUCGGUGUCGGGUUGGCGUUGCAAUUACCAAUGGUUGCAAACCAAAGCCUUGUAGUCGCAAACGAUAUUCCUGAAGCGACGGCCUUGACAUUGUUUUUUGAGAAUAUGGGCACGACGGCGUUUAAUGCUGCUACCGAAGCAGCCUUUACCAGCAGCAUUGUAUCCAGCUUAGCUGAUUUCAAGAACGUUGACUCUUCUGCUGUGAUUGCAGCCGGAGCAGCGAGUCUGUUGCGCCAGUUGUUCUCGGGGAAAGAGCUGCAGGAAGUUGUGACUUCGUAUCUGAAUGGAUGUCGAGUUAGUCAUGCCUUGUCAUUGACUUGUGGUGGGAUCGCGACUAUUGUCUCGUUGGGUAUGGCCGUGCCUGUGAUGAAGGAGUAUCUGAUAGGGAAGAAGUUGCGCGUUCUAUCAUAA